UGCAGGCAGCACUGGCGGCUAGGAUAUUUUUGUGCAACAUUUUUGAGUCCUUCAAAGCCAUAUGAGUCGGUGAUGUGCAUCUUUUACAGAGUUGAAUGUUUGUCAAGUAUUUGAUGACAAGUUUCUAGAACGGCCAGCAUGAUAUUAUAUCUUAAAUAUAGAGCAACUUAAAUAAAGUUGAACUUUUAGCCACGGAACUUGGAGAAUACCUUUUCCUGUUGUCGACAUGAUGAUGGGCGGAGGUGGGGUUCCAAAUUUGCAAUACACGGCACAGUCCAAGUAGCCGGAAGACUCGGAGGAUUAUCGUAUAGGAGGACUGAAACAGAGUCCAAUGUCCCAAGAUCCUUCACAAAAUCCCCCUUUCCCCUUUCUCAGACCAUGCUUGUCAGUUUGGCAGAGAACCACUCGUCACCAUCCUUUGCUUCAUCAAGGCAUUUCUUCUCCAAUACCUGCUAAUGCCGAUGCAGUUAUCAUAGGUUCAGGUAUCGCCGGAGCCCUUACUGCAUACGAAUUACUGUCGGCACCCAAUGGUCCCAAGAAUGUCGUAAUGCUUGAAGCCAGGGAAGCUUGCUCUGGUGCCACAGGCAGAAAUGCAGGUCAUUGUCGUCCAGACGCUUUUCGUGGAUUCACCGCCUUUUCUAAAAUCCACGGCCCAGAGCAAGCCAUGAAGAUUAUCGAGCACGAAAAGCUUGUUCUUCAACUGGUUAAACGGUUUAUCGAUACCCACAAGAUUGAGUGCGACUUUGAUUAUUGCAAGACCUUUGAUGUUAUCAUGGGAGAGGAUUUCUGUCAAUACGUCACUGGCAGUUUUGAGUCCUUCAAGCAAUAUGGUGGCGACACGUUUGGUAUAACUUGGCUUGAACAAGGUGAAGCACGAAAGGCCACUCGUGUUCCUGGGGCUCUUGGCGCGUUUGAGUGGAAUGCUGCGAGUCUUCACCCGGCAAAGCUUUGUCUUGCAGUCCUGGCUCUGGGUCGCGAUCUUGGCUUAUCCCUCUUUACUCAUACACCUGCAACGGCAAUCGAGCCUUCUCCCUUCGGCAACAAGAGUUGGGUUGUACGCACUACCCGUGGUUCGAUCACGACACCCGUCAUCGUUCAUGCUACCAAUGCCUUCGCUGAUACCCUCCUUCCCCAAUUGAAGAACCUUGUAACUCCUAUGCGUGCUCAGGCCCACAAGAUAAUCCCAACCCCUUCAUUUUCGUCAACGAGUAUGCUUACCCAUACCUACUCGUUGCGAUUCGCUUUACAUCACUUCUAUUCACUUAUCCAGCGCAAGUCGGACGGGACGCUCGUCUUAGGCACUAGCCGGGGUAUUCCCGGCCUCAGUGAGGCCACACGUGCAGAACUUGCUUGCAAAAACGAUCGGGUAUUCAAUGAGGAAAUUCAAGAAGAUGCGAUCAGAUCCUUCAAGACGAUAUUUCCUGAUUUUGGGGAGGAGGCUCUGGGAGAAGGGCUUGAGUAUGGAUGGACAGGUAUACUCGGGAUGACCAAAGAUUCGGUGCCUUUUGUUGGAGCAGUCCCUGGUAGUCCAGGUCAGUAUGUCCUAGCGGGGUUCAAUGGCCAUGGAAUGGCGCGUAUUUUUGGUUGUGCGCCUGGUAUAGCCCAGAUGGUUCUUGGGGGGAAGUGGGAAGACACAGGGACGCCGGACUGCUUCCAGAUUACCGAAGAGCGGAUGGAAAAACUAAGACAGUAAAGGUAAGUGUAAUAAGGUUAGAUGCAGGUUGGGCAGCCCUGCAAUUGUACGAUUAUUUUAUGCCAGUUACAUUCUAUGUGUCCACUAAGUAGACUGUACCAUACCGCCUCUAUUUUAUUUUGACUUUUGGCCAACGGCUUCCCAAGU